GGGUUUUCGCCCAGCGUCGUACGACGUAGAACGUACGUGUGCAAAAAUCGCCAACUUUCAUGGAAACAGAGGCCCGAGCGUUCUUGAGCUCAAAUCACGGACGGUUCUUCCGCAAAUUAGCGGGCGUCCGCAUUAGAACGUAGGAUUUGUCAACAGCCGUCAACAGCCAAUCAGAUCGCUUGUAGAGCGAGCAAGCUGAGCCGAUCGAUGUAAACACAUUCGCCCAUCGCGUGCAUGCACAUGUUGUACUCUACUCUGACUACACUGAUAGCUGAAAGCUUCAAAACAUGGACUCGAAUGCGAGUUUUUCGGUUCCGCUGUAAACAAGAUGGAUGAAUUUGACAACCACACCGAGCCUUACGAAGACCCUUAUGUGUCUGGUCCGAUUCGGAAAAUUAUUCUUGGAACGUUCAUUCCCCUCUUCCCUCUGACAAUAUGCGGCAACUGUCUCGUCAUUUGCGUCAUAGUCCGCAAUCGAAGCAUGCGAACCGUCACGAACUUCUUCCUGGCGAAUCUGGCCGUUGCUGACCUGAUGGUAGCCAUAUUCUGCAUCAUCCCUCAGAUGAUGUGGUUUGUGUCGCCGACGUGGUCUCUGGGCGCAGUGAUGUGUAAGCUGCAUAAAUACAUGUUAGGUGUGACGACCAAUGCAUCUAUCUUCAUCAUGAUGGCGAUAUCGGGGGAACGUUUUGUUGCCAUUAUUUACCCUUUGAGGAUCCGUCGGGUUCUGACAAUAGGAAGACUGUCCUGUAUCCUUUGCUUUCUCUGGCUUCUUAGUUUUCUAUUAAGCAUUCCCUCGUUCCAGUUCUUCGAUGAAUCAACCGAUUCCAAUGGAACCAAGCAAUGUGGGGUGAGUCUCAACAUAUCCAGCUACCAAGUCCGCGUCCACAACAUAUUUAACUUUAAUUUUUGCUACUUGUUGCCUCUGUUUGUGAUGAUGUUUUUCUAUGCGAGGAUCAUCGUCAGUUUAUGGUUACGUGGACGAGCGGUUUACUACCGGACCUCGAGGCACGGUGAGAAGACAUCGACUCCUUCGGCUGCGGUGGAGAUGGAGGUACGCAUGCAUACUGGCGGGAGUAUCAAAACACAUCCACAUCGGCAUCACCAUCAUCACCAUUCCCACGCUCAUUCCAGUGAAAGCAAGAAGAUUGCGAAUGAACAGUGUAAUGGAAAAAACGAGGUCAAAGCAGUCCAAGACCACACCGAACAAGCGGAAGAUGCAGGUUCGCUAAAGAUCGGACCUUUCUUUGUCGACUACCCUCCAUCGUCCCCUCGUCGUAACCCCGAUGCGUUCAAGGGUUCAAAGUCUUGCGAGAACAUGUUCCUACUUGGUGGAGGUGAAAAGGCUCGUGGACCCCAUGCCGAACUUGCACGUACUAAGUCUCAAUCAACGGGAGCAAUUGAUCAUUAUCAUCAGCAGUUUUGCAAAGCCCUGAAUUCGGAGGACCAGGAAGAAGAAAUUGAGCUUGAUGUUUCUGUUCAUGCGACAUUUAUCAAUGAAGUAAUGAAAAACGGUAACGCCGUCCCUGUAAAAGAUGUUAAUAAGCCCGUUGAGGAACAUUCAUUGAAAGAAAAUAAACAUAUUUAUUCCAAACCUCGACCCAUCAGACAAAGAAGCUCCGGGAAAAUACCCGUUAAAAAUGGAUACGAGUUCCUUUCGACAAUUGAAGAUGAUGAACUUCUGACUGAAACACCAGCUGCAACCACAAACACAGACCCCACCGAGCAGCCAAAUACUUCUGAAUCUCCUCAACGGCCAAAAUCUUUUCCUAACGCUCUAAAGCGAUGCGCAAAGAAAGCCCAUACGAGGCUGUCUGAAUUUACCAGGCGACCUACGGUCUUAGUAGAAAUGGUUCCAGCGGAUAAUCACAGCACGAACUCAAGGACACCUAAUCGACCUAAAAAGAUUUCCAAAUCAACGAUCGCUACGCGUAAGAAAGUCAUCCGGAUGUUGGUGGUGCUGGUAGUGGCCUUUGGUGUCUGCCUCUUCCCAAUGGAACUUCUUUCACUGUGGACUGUUGUAGGGACUUUCCCGUACUUCUCAAAAUUCGGGAUCCUCUUCGUGCCGUUCACCUACCUCGCCUACUUCUUCAAUAGUGCGUUGAACCCAUUCCUAUACGCGCUUUUAUCCGACAACUUUCGCAUGCGCAUGCGAGAAACAUUGGACUUUCGUGGCUCAUCGAGACGUGCGCGCUGGAUGCGCACGCAAACGAGGUUGCGAUCAUUGACCUCCGAAGGAACGGACAAUGACUGGGUCGCUUAAUUAAUUAAAUAACAUUAAUUUGGACGAUGUCAAGCGAAUGUCCUACAGUGAACAUUCCACCGCAUGCCUAGUGAAAAGGAAGGAUCUAAGCUUUUUGGGGGUGAUUCUACUGAACCGGUACCAUUUUUUAAAAACAAAGCAUUUAACUGCUUUAGAUCUUAGACUAACGAUGUAAAUCGCACAAGGCAUAAUAAAGAAAAUGGAUGUAUAAAAACAGUGAGCCAAACUUGGCCUUCCAGCCAACGAGCGCUUGCUACUUAUUCAUGAACUGUGUUAUGAUAUAAUUGAUUAAUUUAGAGUUGUUUCUAAAUUGCCUUGAUAAAUGGUGAAUAUUAUUUCUUUAAAUAUAUAUUUUGUACACAUUUGGAGGUUGAAAGUUCAGUUGAUCUGACACGAGGCAUAUAGAGCCUUGUAACACGAUGUGUAUGUCUUCCUAAGACACUAAGACGGACGAAAAAAGAUAAUUACUUCAAUAUUUGUUAAAGAAAUAUGACAGGGUUUGAAAUACACACAUGACUUUUAGGUGACGUAAAGUGAGGUGCAAAAUAUAAAGGGAUUACUGUAUGCCUAAAAAAUAUCUACAGAACACAAACAGUGUGUGGGAAAAUUUGGAUUUCCAAUGUAUGAUUCUAUUCUAAUCAAAAGUGGUUCAAAGUCAGGCAGGAACGAAAUAUGUGUAUAAUAUUCCAAUCGUCUUAGGUCAUGCUUUAAUGUAUAAAAUAACCCUGAUGAUAAAACGUUUAGAAAUUUUACAUGUCAUACGGUUGGGAGAUUGCCGGGCGUAAUCGGAUAACUUUUGGUACCUACUAAUGAACAGACUUGACACACUUAAACGUUUGAUCUCCAAUUUUACUGUAGAGAAGAUGGUUUGAGAGACAUUUCUGAAAGCUUCUUUGACAUAGACUUAAUUUUGUAUAACAUUACAGUUUCGAAGAUGAAUUUAUACAUGGAAAUGGAAUAGGUGAUUUAGCGGUUCCGAGUCUCGCAUUGCAAUCAGAGGGUCGCGUGAGCAUCCUUCGGCAAGGCGUUAAACCAAGGCUUGCCACUCUCCACCAAUGUAUUAUUACACCAAAUCCAACAACACGUCGUCAGGGUAGGUUCUCUGUAAAUGGCAAAAAAUUGAAAAUUCAAAAAUUACCUUAUAUGCAAGAGUAGUAUUUCUCUACACUGUAAAAACUUGAAGUUGAAAUAAGAUAAAAGGCAAGAUACCAGAGUUUUUAUGACACCAUGUUUUGCAAACUGUUUGGAAGGAAGUUUCAUCGAUAUUGCUCACGGUGUGCACAUAUCAUGCUUUAUUGAACCCCGGACUUCAAACAUUGGUUUCUCCUUCAUUCCUUGAAACUCUCACUUAAUUUAUUCUUCAUUCAAUGAAGUACUUUGAGGAUUUUUAAUUAUCAAGUUAUAUAUAUUGUAGAGCUUAUAUAGGAUGUCAUUUUCAGGCCCAAUAAAAACAUAAAAAAAUCACUUUGAGCUACGUAUUGUUGGCUUGGGGAGGCAAGUAGACACAGUAGUAUGCCUUGUAAUUAAAUUUGAAAACUCUCAAUGGAAUGCUCCCUAGGGAGCGAAUAAAGUGUAUACAAUGUAUGCGGGCAUGCAAAGAUUCGAUGACCGGGGUGAAAAUGUGAAAUGCAAUUUUAAAUGCGUUGUUCUACUGAUGCUACAAUCAUAACAACUACAUUAACGCCAAACCGACCGAUGGUUUGCUAUUUGACAUAAUUGACAAAUGACGUAAUAGCUUUGAUCGGUCCGGAGUUGGUAUCGUUGAUGUGACUGUGGCAUUUCUACAGUCGUCUGAUUUUACAUGACUACUAUCAAUAACAUUGUCCUUCCAUAAUGAUAUCACCAUGCUUGUAUGUAGUCUGCUGGGCAAACCCUUCGCUCGAGUUAAGGGUCUGAAUGUGCAGCCUACUCAUGCCUGUGCUAGUCUUUGCGUGGAGGCACACUUGUUGAUCAUAGUUCCAAUCAGGGUCUGUGCCUGCAGACUAGCUUGUAUGCGUAUCAUCAUGAGGUAUUUCAAUCAGUAAACUCCAACAAUUCCAAGUAACCUAUCAAUUAGUUGACGAAAUAGCGGUAAGGAUACAAUUCACGAAUUCUCAAACACGAUAAAAGGAAAUUAUAAAACCUAUAUUUUUUCUCGGUAAUUGGCGAGUUACAUGACUUUGAAAAUACUGACAUCUUUCCAAUUAUAUUUUGACAAAUCUAUGCAAUAUCAAUCUUUUUAAUUUAUUCAAUUUAUUCCAUUCCAUUGUGCUUUGGCGUAUUUCAAUAAUAGAUGUUUAAAGAUGACUAGAUGAACCCAUGGAUAUUGAAAUAUCUCACCACUGCUCUGUAGCACGAUGAGCAUAUUGGGAAUAAUGUUAACGCGUUUAAAAGGGAAAAUGCAUUUUACAUAAGUUGCCAAUAUUAUCAGAAGUAUAUAAAAAUACUUGUACAUGUUCAUUGUACUAUUAAACGCUGCUGAUCACGAACUGCUUUCAUGAUAACCUGGAACAUGCAAUGUUUAAUAUGUAGAUUUAACUAUCUUAACAGGAGCGUGGACGACUGCAUUCAAAGACCAUUUACCUCGACGUAGACUAUCCAUACAUGACAUUGGAACUUGCAAUUGAUAGAACUAUGUGUAUGUGGCGUAUUUUAGUUAUGUCUAUAAAGCUUUAUUCUAUGUGAACUGCAUGAAAUAAGUAGGCCUGUAAUGUCAAUUUUUACCCUGUGAAUUAAUAUUUUUCGUUGAUGAAGAAUAUUUUUGUAAUACGAUCUACUUUCAAACUUUCUAUUUUAAGGGUUAUCCCGACCUUUUUUUACCGACUCACUUAUUUUAUGACAGACUCCUGGACGCGACAUUGACCCAUAUCGACUUGAUACUUUGAUAACAUUUUCAUUGCUUUAUAUAUGUAAAACUAUUUUUUUAUUUAAAAAGACACUUAAUCGAGACCGGACCAGGCCGGACUUCCGACUUGAUUCAAGCAAUUUGACAUCGAUGGGUGAGGGCGUUUGACACCAAGUGAGAUGGUAUGAUAAGCUAUCAAUGGUUCUCUCUACAGUAGACUGAAGUGAAAGCUAACGUUUUUAUUUUGGUCAGGAUAUCAUUGUACGAAUGUUAAUUGUACUUAUUUUUUCUCAUAUUCAUUUAUUCUAGCAAUGUGAAAAUAAGUAAAUAAAGUUACAAAUUCGGCUAAGAAAUGUAUUAAAAGACUGACCCAACCGUUUACCAGGCAUCUGCCACGUGACGUGAUAUUUAAUGUUGGUUAUACCUAAAUAAAUGAAUAAAUAAAUUAUUGCGGGGGUUGACUGUUCCUUGACCCACAAUGACCUGACCGAAAUAGUACUGUUGCAAAUAAUGUGGUAUAAGAAGACAACCUGAAUAUUUAUGAGCAUAUUAGCACUAUCGGUAUAAUUGCAAACAAACACAAAUCUUAAAAACAACCUACAUAUUUCCAAUCAGGACCUGAGUAACGUGAAAACCACUGAACGAUACUUUUACAUGAAGCUAUCAGAGAAUCUUCAGCUCGUGUACAAUUCCACCUGAACAAAAAAUGUUCAAAGUCCAUUCUCAGAAACACGGUAAUCUUAAAGCCAUUAAUAAUGACUCAUGUGAGUGAUGAAGCAUAGACUUUGACUUGACUUUUAGACUUAGCUAACAACUGCUGAAAAGGCGUACACUGUACAUGAUUUCAUACAUCAGUGAAUACGUUAAACUUUUCAACUUAUUCUUUGUAAACAAUUGAAAGUUUCAUUUGUGUAGAAUAAUGAGCGGUCUCUUUUCAUAAUAUCCGUUAUCAUUCAAAAUGCCCGACCUGUUUUCAAAAAUCAUUUUAAACUCCUUUGGCCCCUUUCGGUUUUGGUGUAAGCCUAGCUUAAAAGGAGAGUUCCCAGUUUUCGGUGAUACGGAAGAGUGACCCCCCCCCCCCCACCUUAUUCGGAAACAACGCGGAAUUCGUAAUAAUGACGAUAGAGAGAUAAAAUUGACCAAUAUAAGAAAUGGACAAGGUAAACCUCACAGAACCUUAACAGACUGAACAGUAACUCGGCCGACUUGUUCUUUCAUUGUUCUCGCAUAUGUGUGAUAAAAUUUGCAACAUUACUCAACGAGUAAUUCUGUCUAAUGAAGUAGCGAUUAUAUACGCGCGACAAAGACGGACAGACUUGCGACUUUCACGACAUACUGCGACUAAUAAGUUCAGAUAUUUUAUCCCACAUUUUCUCCAGUGUUUAUCCCACUUUCGGUUCAGGCCAACUCUACACUGCUUAAUUCGUAUACCAGAACACAUAAUUUAAAACUUCCCGAAACAUGGCGCGCUUUCGAAAACCAGGAGAAUAUCAAGCCCCUUUCACAAUAAUUGGUGGUGCGACUGCUUACAACCGUUGCGAUUGUGUGCAACAUAUAUUGUUGCCAAAUGAUCGCAAACGAUCGCAAGGGCGAUUGAGAAAGCUCCUUUAUGUAAUUAAAAAUAAAUGCAAAUAAAACUAUUUCAACCUUUUAAAUAAACUUGCGUAAUAGUAAUCAGAAAGCAAUUAUUAUUUGUACAAUGUGGAUAAAUGGCCGUGCCCGAAGGAAAAUUGGUAUAUGAGGAUUCGAUCCAACGGACAUUUUCUGUUGACUGAUGAACCCAUACAAUAAUAAUAAUAGCUGGAUUUAUAAAGCGUUUUUUUGCCUGAUGAUACAAAGCGCUGCUAUUAUUACCCCGGCUUUAGCUCGAGCAUGGAGGUAGCUCGAGCUACAUGUACCAUCACCGGCGGUCAGUGCAUUCAAGGAAAUAAUCAUGCCGGAUACCCAUUCACCUCACCUGGUCGAGUGCAGCACAUUGUGGAUACAUUUCUUGCUGAAGGAAAACACACCAUGGCUAGGAUUCGAACACACGGCCCUCUGUUUGAAAGGUGAGAGCCAGAACCACUAGACCACUGCGCGCCUACAUAUACCCCCUACGACAACUUUACUGUGAGCUUAUCCAAUUAGAAUAACCAGGACCAACUACGAUAUUUAACGGGACCUAACAAAAUCACUCGCAAAUGUUGCUACAACUUGCUUAAGGUGAAAUCUUUUCUUUUACACUGUCUUCAGUUUCACCAUUGCAAUUGAAAUGUUUACAAACGGUACAUAGUGUUUAUAUCAUUACAUGUAAAUAAAGAGAAGGGCAUCUAAUAAAUAUUUAAUGAGGAAAA